UGUUCGAGGGAAUGCCGAUGAAGAAUGUUGUCUCAUGGAUCUGUUGGAUCGAUGCAUAUGGAGAGGACGGGGAUGGAUAAGGAGCCUCGACACUGUUUUAGUAGAUCGUAGCAGUAGGCAUCGAAGCCAUGAAUGUUAGUGUAAUAGGGUGCUUGGUACGCCUGUGGCGAACCGACAGCUCGAGGGGAAGGCCUGCGCAAUGAGGAGUUGUUGAGAAUUGGCUUCAAGUCUGAUGUUGUAUUCCAGUGCAAGAGACUUGGUCUCGCCCAAGAAGUGUUUGAGGGUUUGCUGAGAAGAUCUUGAACCCUGCACAGAAAGAUGGCUUUGAGGAUGCCUCACUUUAGAUUCAUUCGAAGGGGUCGGUGUAAUUCCUGCACUGGCCAAUCUGAUUGAUUUGAGGAUUGUGUUUGGAUGACUGCGAUGGAAGAGAGGCAUGUGACGAUGUACAUUGGCCGUUAUCGAUGGUUAUGGAAUGGAUCGAUUCGGGAAAUCUGCGAUCGAGCAUGUUGAGGAGAGUUUCCAGCCAGAGAGAACAAGGAUUUCAUGCAGGAAACAAAAUGCGAGGAAAGAACGACAAAUGAUGAACAAGGAAAGGAAUUUGCUGGUUUAGAAUCAGGUUUAAUUGUCCGAGAAGGUGGCGGUGGCUUUAUGCCUCUCAGAGAGUGCAUGUGCAACAGAGAGAACAGAGCUUGGGUACAUGGAGAUGGGUUGCAGUGCAUGUGUUUUCCGUAGAAAGGUUGAAGGAGGUGCCGAGUGCUGUGGGAUCUACACGAUUGCUCGGUGAAGCGACACUCUGCCUUGCUGCAGAAACAAUUCAUGGAAGAGUAGGAAAUUGGAUAAAGUUGGUGUGGAGGUAGACAUGCAUGAAUCAGCCAUUCCCUGAUUGCAGCAGGACCACCAGCAACACUUCUGCCAAAGAUCAGCAGAUGGUGCAGUCUCACACUUCCCCCUUUUCUCUCUCCUCCGCUCGCUUCUGCCAAGUGCCCAUCUCCAUCUUCUCUCUCUACUCACACACCCUUCCUUCCCUCUUCUCCUUUCUGGAGUCUGAACGACCAACGCAAUGACCAUAAGUGAUUAAUAAAUGUAAAGCAGACCUUCCUAUCCACCCCCGUCUCCCCUCCCACACAAACACGGAGAAGAGAGAGAUGUUGGAAUACUUCUGAACCCUAGAAUCCCAUAGUUAUUCCCAGGAAUCCUGCCACAUAUCUCAUCUUUACUCGUGACUGUGACUUAGCAAGCAAAAAGGAAAGCAAAGAGGACAAGAUAAGGAGGAAGAAGAAGGAAACCAUGGCUUUUCUCCCUCGGACCCUCACCUUGUCUCUUUCAAACUGCUUCUCCUUCAGUGUAUGGGUGGAUAGAUUCCAGCAGUCCUGCUUCAGUUCUCGAUCAUUCCAUUGACAUAGCUCUCUCUUGCUCUGUCCACAAAGACCUAUAGACAAUCCAAAAACUACAGCUUUUGUGCUCCAUUGAAAGCUCUCUCUCUUAUUCUCUGUCCUUUCCCUGAACCCUGGUCCCUGGUAAAAUCCUAAAGGCCAAAACCAUCUUUUCCCCGAGAAAGGAGACUUCUUUCUUCUACUUCCCAACCCCUCAUCAAGAACUUAGUCGCCGGACCUCUUCUUGUCAGCUAAACCUGAGUAACUUCUUCUCAACUCAGCUAAAGGGAACAGGGGGAGGAAGAAAGAUCCUUCUUUUAUGAGAAUUCCUCUCUGUCAAUGAGUUGGAUCGAUCUCGAUGUUCUCGGGGUGCUCGGUUUCGAGUCUGGCGGCGAAGUUCACCUUCUUCCCGCCCGACCCACCUACUUACAGCGUGAAGAAAGACGACAGCGGGCGGCUGGUGGCAUCUGGCGUCCCAAGGGACCAUUCUAUGGAUGUCCUGCUGCUGGACACCAAGCACGGGACCAAGCUUGUCGCAUUUUAUUUGAAGAACCCCUGUGCCAGGCUCACGGUGCUAUACUCACACGGCAAUGCUGCAGAUCUGGGGCAGCUCUAUGAUCUCUUCGUGCAGCUUAAGGUCAACCUGAGGGUUAAUCUGAUGGGAUAUGACUAUUCAGGAUAUGGAGCAUCUACUGGUAAGCCAAGCGAAUACAACACAUAUGCAGACAUCGAGGCAGUGUACCAGUGUCUGCAGACAGAAUAUGGAGUCGGUCAGGAAGAUUUGAUCUUGUAUGGCCAAUCUGUCGGUAGCGGUCCCACAUUGCAUUUGGCAGCUCACUUGCCGAGACUGCGAGGCGUGGUACUUCACAGUGCUAUACUGUCAGGACUUCGUGUGGUUUGCCAUGUCAAAUUCUCGUUCUGCUUUGACAUUUAUAAAAACAUUGACAAAAUUAAAAAGGUCAAGUGCCCAGUUUUUGUAAUUCAUGGUACCGAAGAUGAUGUAGUGAAUUGGCUUCAUGGACAUGGUUUAUGGAAACUAGCGGAAGAACCAUACGAUCCCUUAUGGAUCAAAGGAGGAGGUCAUUGCAACCUAGAGUUAUAUCCAGACUACAUCCGUCACCUAUGCAAGUUUAUUCGGGAAAUGGAGAACCUCACGACUGCAACCCGGCUCAAGAAGAUUCGGCAAACUCUCAAACUCCCUGCCAAAGCUGCUGCAACCACCAGCACCACCAUCUUCACGACCAACUGUUGCUGCCAAAUUAGAUGCAGGAAACCCGAUUGCUGGAGCUGCCCACGGAGAGGAUGUCUGAUGGUGCGAUGCUCCAAGGGAUCUGCAUACCUGUGCAACUGGUGUUGUGGAGAUUGGCAUUGAUGGUGGCAUCCGUUGUACAGAUUUACUCAAACUUCUAAACCUAUCUAUUGUAUCGAAACAUUAAUGAAGGCAAUCGGGCUAUCGUUUGUGUACGAAUUAAGAGAAUAGAUACCGGUUUUUUUGAACUGAA